AUGUCUGGGUUUUUCUCGCUAGGUGGUGGUAAAGACCAGGAAGAACAACAAACUAAUACCAACAACAAUAGCCUGUAUCUGUUCAAGAACAAUAACGAGGAGAUCUAUCACAAGGGUUUUGAGCUAUGGCAGCAAUACUACCAAUUGCAUCAUCAACACCGAAUCCAUCAUCAUCAUACACAAAUCCAGGAUGUGGAUUUCUCGGUGGGUCCCGCUGGGGGUGCUGGUUCUGCUAGGAGAAUCAUCAGCACUACUAGUGCUGGUAGUGGUGGGAGUGGGAAUAGCAUUGGUGAUGAUUCAUCUUACCAUAUUAGAUCAGCAGGGUUUAGGGUGACGACCAAUACGACGACGAAUAUGAGGCACGCCGGCGGCGGAGGAAGCAGCAGCAGCGGCGGCGGAGGUGGAAUUAAUUGUCAAGACUGUGGGAAUCAAGCUAAGAAAGAUUGUGCACAUAUGAGAUGUAGGACUUGCUGUAAGAGCCGAGGUUACCAUUGCCAAACCCAUGUGAAGAGUACUUGGGUUCCCGCUGCGAAAAGGCGUGAAAGACAACAACAACUCGCAGCUCUUCAACAGAAUCAACAACAGCUUCAAACCCAACAACAACAUCAACAACUCAGUUUAGGAGGAGGAGGAGGAGGAGGAGAUCAGCUUCAUCAUCAACCAAAAAGACCCAGAGAAAAUCCUGCCUCUUCUUCUCUUGCUUGUAUUCGUGUCCCCUCUUCUUCCACUGAAAAAAAAAGAAAGAAAAAGAAUUCAGAAAAUUUCCUUCCAUCCGUUGUUGAGUUCUCUUUCUUUUCUUUUUUUUUUGAUGAUGUUGUUGUUUUCUUUGGUGUGAUUGACGAUGAUGGACUAGGGUUAGAGGUGGGUCACUUUCCGGCAGAAGUGAAUUCGCCAGCGGUAUUUAGGUGCGUAAGAGUGAGUGCAAUGGCUGAUGAAGAAGAGCAAUACGCUUAUCAGACAGCUGUCAACAUUGGCGGUCACGUUUUCAAGGGAAUUCUCUACGAUCAAGGCGUUGAAUCCCGUUACGCUUCUGGCAGCGGCGGCGGUGGUGGUGGCGGUGACACCUCGGCCGGCGGUGGCGGACUGGGUGGAAGCUCUUCUCAUCAUCAUCAACCGCCGCUUAAUCUCAUCGGAACAACUGGAUCGGCCGCCGCCGUCACGGUGGCGACUCCCGGUACGAAUCCCGGUCUGACCAUGCUUGACCAUUCCGUGUAUGCAACUCCACUCAAUGCAUUCAUGGCUGGUACGCAAUUCUUCCCCCCACCAAGAUCUUAG